AUGCAAUUGUUCAAAUUCGACUCGCUGGAAUUCGCCCAAAAGGAAUAUCAGAUCUCUGGGAUUACCACCCACGUCUACAACCUGGACAAGCUCCAACAAUACCUUGAAAGAGUCAACGAACGGUGCAAAUUGCCCGCGGAAACCCGCAGUCAUUUGCCGGCGAUCCCCAUCCAUGUGUUGUACUUAGUCCACCAGAGAGGGGGCGAUUACCAUUUCACUGAGUCAAUGGCGUACAAUAUCUUGCACCAGUACUAUGCCAACAAGCAGAAUGUGGAAAUUCCCCUUGUGUGUGUCACUUUUGACUCGCGGAACCACGGUGAGCGUUUGAUCUCCCUGGAGAGAAACCGGGCGUGGAAACUGGGGAACCAGACCCAUGCGCUCGAUAUGGUAUCGGAUCUUGACGGUACCGUCGAAGAUCUUAAAUUGAUCAUGAACCACUUACCGCUGUACCUCAAUUUGGAGUACUACGUUGACCCCGUGGUUAAGGACGAGUUGGGGAUCAAUAUCAAGUAUGUUAACGCCAUUGCUGGUGUAUCUCUUGGGGGACACACUGUGAUUCGUUUCGCUUCGAAAUACCCUGAUUUGGUCGACAUUAUGAUGCCGUUCUUGGGUCUGAUUGAUUUGAGUACGCUUUUGAUUAACCGCUUGCUUAAGACUCCCCUCGACGACCCGCUGUACGACCGGAGAAUGUUUUACUUUAACUACGACGAACUUAACCUUUCAGAUGAGCAGAAACAAGUCCAGUACCCUGAAUUCUUCCACAAAUACUUAGCUCAGCGUGACCUCCAGAUCUUCGAAGAAUUCCCCAUGAGCAAGAUCAAAUUGUUUGCUGCCUUCGGUGCUGACGACACUUUGGUGCCCCCUAAGUUGCUGACGGUGUGGUGUGAGCUGUACAUCAACACCAACGAUGCCUCGGCUUUCAUUAUCGAAGAAGGCGUGGGCCAUGACGUCACCGACGACAUGAUCAAGAAGGCCUCCGAAUGGUUAGCCCGCGUGUUGUAA